AUGGUUAAGCCUGAAGGAACUGCGCUAACAAGACGGCAACCUGCGCUACUUGCUACUUGGUCUUUUAGGAGUCAGGUCACAUCCGCGAAGUUCUCUCCCGAUGGAUCGCGGAUUGUAGUGGCCACAGGCAAAGAGCUACUCAUCAUUGAUGGAUAUACGGGGCGACGGUUGGUGGGCCCAUUAAAGGGGCACACCAAUACAAUUUCGUCUGUUGAAUUUUCCCCGGAUGGACUUCAAAUCGCUUCCUCCUCUUGGGACGGGACGAUACGAAUUUGGAACGCCCAAACUGGCAAAAUGCCAUUCGAGCCUCUUACAGGCCACGUACACUCUGUCGAGUCGGUUCAAUUUUCCCCGGACGGCGCGCAACUGGUCUCUGGGUCAUGGGAUACAACACUGAGAGUAUGGGAUACUACCAGGGGCGUUACUAUUAUGGGUCCAUUGCAAGGCCAUACCGCGUUUGUCACCUCGGUCGCAUUCUCACCCGGCGGUGAUCUGAUUGCUUCUGGAUCUUACGAUAAAACUAUCCGAAUAUGGGAGGUUGAAGGUGGGGCUAUGAAACAUGGGCCAUUGAAAGGGCACCUAGCAGGGAUUACCUCGAUCGUAUUCUCUCCCGAUGGUACAUGGCUUGCGUCUGGAUCAAGGGAUGGAGCUAUUCGAGUAUGGGAUGUAAAAAACUGGCUCGAGUGUGGGAUGUCAGUUGAGGGUGCUACAGGUCCGAUCACAGCAAUUCAGUUUUCUCCCGAUGCUCAACAAAUCAUAUCGGCUUCUGAAGACAAGUUGGUACGCAUAUAUAUACUGGAAAACUCAAACUGGAGAGAAAGAAUAACACUCGCGGGCCACACUGGUCAUGUUACGUCGGUUAUGUUCUCGCAAGACGGGCGUCGAAUUGUAUCCGGCUCAUUCGACAGUAGCGCUCGGGUAUGGGAUGCAAAUAUCAAACAUACUUCACCUUGGUUCCUUCCACCCGAUGGACAUCGCAACGAAGUAAACUUGGUUCAAUAUCUACUCGAUGAUAGCACCAUCGUCUCCAGGUCGAUUGACAGGGUUGCCCGAUCUUGGAGUUCUCCAGCUUACGAAGCUUUAAAGCCCCAUGGUUGGCACAUAAAUUUUGAUAAAGAGCAAACGUGCAUGGCCUUCUCUAAUGAAGGGGUUGUUUUGUCAGGCUCUGCCGCGGGGGCUAUUGAGAUAAUCUCAAAUAAUCCAACCUAUUUCCGUGUCAAGAACGUUGACCGCGCCGGCGUAACUGCGCUUGCUUGGUCUUCAAACGGUGAUUACAUUGCUUCAGGAUCAAGCGGAAUAGUCCAACUCUGGAACAGCCGAACCGGGCAAGAAAUAUUCGAUCAACAUACAAGAUCUUCAAAUCGUGUAACUGCGCUUGUGUUUUCUCCCAGAGACACGCAUAUAGCUGCCAGCUCCGGGAUGAUUGUAACAAUUUGGGAUAUUAAAGAUAUGAAAGCUAAUCAGAGUGUUCUCGAAGGACACACUCAACCAACUACCUCGAUUUCCUUCUCUCCCAACAACAAACUAAUAGCGUCAGGCUCGGAGGAUACAACUGUCCGUGUCUGGGAAUUUCAGACCGGAAAAUUUGUUUUCAGCCCACUCAAAGGGCAUAAAGCUACAGUUACUUCAUUGGAUUUCUCACCAGAUGGUGCUCGGAUAGCUUCCGCCUCGAGGGACAUGCACAUUUGUCUGUGGGACUUACGCAGUGAAGCCCUUUUAUUCAAGAUCCUCGAAGGGCAUACCGGAGCGGUUCUCUCUAUAGCAUUUUCUCACAGUGGUACGCAUAUUGUCUCCGGCUCAUCUGAUACUGCAAUUCGCAUCUGGGACGUACGAGAUGAUCCUUUGGCUCCCAAAUCAGGUACUAUUGAAUCUCUCCAACCUCUUCUGUGGGAGAAACUGAUGAAUUAG